UUGUACCACGUGACUUGGUUGCUAACUCGACCCAGGACGCCGUGCGAGUUGGAGACCGCUACUCCAGAAAAUGCAGUAAGAUGUAGCCAUGGCUGCAGCAGUCACCUGAUGCAGUAACCAAGGAGACCACCAAUCACAACUCAACGUUUCCAUCCGCACGUCAGCAGUAGUAGUUCUACCCGUCACCAUGGCAACCCAGGUGCGACUGAUCAGCAUGUCCCGCGGGAGCAGCACCUCGCUGGACCAGCCAGACGACAUCCAGGCCGAGGUGUACGUCAGCGGCAGUGGGAAGUUCUGUCUGAGUCUCCACGGCCGCGAGCUGACUGAGAUCCCGCCUGACAUCUUCAACAUGGACGAGCUGAACUGUCUGUUCCUCGGCAACAACGGAAUCUCCCACGUCCCCCGGGACAUCAGGAGGCUCAACAAGGUCCAGGUGCUGGCCAUCCAGGAUAACCAGCUGACGAGUCUCCCCCCCACCAUGUUCCAUCUGGAGGCCAUGAAGGUUCUGGAGGUCAGCGGGAACCAGCUCACCGAGCUGCCGGGAGACAUCGGCAACCUGAAACAGCUCAACCAGCUGUAUGCGAACAGAAACAGCCUGAGUUCCCUGCCUGAUGAGGUGUGCUCGCUGCAGCAGUUAGAGGUGCUGGGUCUGAACGAUAACCUAUUCCCAUCUCUCUCUCCCUGCAGUUAUGCCAAUAGGAACAACCUGAGUUCCCUGCCUGACGAGGUGUGCUCCCUACAGCAGCUGGAGGUCCUGGGGCUGAACGAUAACGAGAUCACCUCGCUUCCUGCUGGGAUCAGGGGCCUCACCAAGAUGAAGAUUCUGGGACUGGACAAUAACAGACUGGAGCGCGUGCCGAAGGGCAUCUGUGAGCUGGACGAGCUGAUCAAGCUGGGCCUGUCCGGGAACGGACUGAAGCACCUGCCGGCGGAGAUGGAGAAUCUUUCCAACCUGCGCGAGCUGCUGCUCAACGAUAACGAGAUCCAGUACCUGCCUGUUCAGCUGUACUGGCUGGAGUGUCUGGAGGAGCUGGCCCUGUCUAACAACCAGCUGAAGUCGCUCUCACCGCAGAUCGGCCGGCUGAAGGAACUCCGCAUCCUGGGACUCAACAGCAACCAUUUAGAGGUCCUUCCUGAUGAGAUUUGUGAGCUGAGCUGUCUGGAGACGUUAGGACUGGACAGUAACCGUCUCAAGGCGCUACCUGAGCACAUGGCCAGCCUGGUGAAUCUGAAGGAACUGUACAUCGGCAACAACAGCAUCGAGUACAUCCCGGACGACAUCUGUAUACUCACUGAGCUCCAGGUUUGUGGUAUCCUGACACAAGAUCUCAUAGAGUUGAUUGUGGCCAUGACCGGUAACAAGAUCGACUCCCUCCCCGUGGAGAUCGCUAACCUGAAGCGUAUCAUCGCCAUGACCGGUAACAAGAGCGACUCCCUCCCCGUGGAGAUCGCUAACCUGAAGCGUGUCUUGUUCUACAUUACAGAUUGUCGCCAUGAUUGUCGCCAUGACCGGUAA